AUCCUGUUUCCCUCAUCAGGAUUGAAAUGGAAACCUGAAGCAUGGAGUAGCAAGCAUCCCUCUCAACCUUUGCCAGCUUUUUAUUCUCUUAGUAUAUUGCAGUAUGUAUUCAUUAUGUGAGUUUAUUUUAGGUAGUAUGUUGACAGGCUUUUUGUUUUUAAAUUUUAGUACAUAAUUAUGUAUUUUUAUCAGUGUGUAUAACUAACACACUUAACACAUUGCUUAUCAUGAGCCAAAGAUUCUUUUAAGAAUACACACUCAACAUUUAAAGAAAAAUAUUAGAUCAGCCUUCAUAUGAAUGAUGGGCUGAUGUGAAGGCAGCAUGUAUAUGACGGAAAGUUUGAAAAGAAUGUCCUAUCCAGUUGGACUUAACAAGCAAGCAAAAAGGAAGCCAGGAUUGGCUGUCUUUCUCAGCAGGGAAAUAUGCAUGCUUGCAGGGCUACUGUGUUCUUAUCCUGAACCCUGCUUCUUUCCACACUUAAGUCCUUUUGGAAACUGCUGGUGGGAAUUUCACUUUUUGUCCACAAAAGACUAACAACAUGAGUCAGAACAGGGUGCCAUACAGCACCCUAAACUGAACAUGCAUUCCCUAUCCUAUUUCUUAUGGCUAAUUAUGUCGUCAUGUUGUCCAAAAUAGCUCAGCAGAUUUUAUGAAAUGAAUGCGAAAACUGUAUCAAUGUAAAAAUGUCCCAAAUAUGAGCACUAUGAGACUUUUCUCUUUAUCAAACUUCUUAAUCCUCUUGCAAGUGAAAGCCCAUAGAAAUUAAAGUCCAAAUUACUUCAUUCCCAAUUUUAUACAUUUGGCUCAGUCAGCCAGUCUUUCUGAGAUUCCCAGGUUCCUGUAGCUACAACUGUAUUGUAUCCUGGGUUGUCUUUCGUAGGAAUUAAUGUAGGUUCUUUAGCCUCUUCAAAGUUAAAUUAAUUCAAAUCUGUCAUUAGUUCAAUUCUCCAAGGGGUCAACAAAUCAUACAAAAAAACCACAACUCCACUAUAGAAGUUAUCACAAGCAAAAUUACAAUCCCAGAAUUAAGUGAAUGGUAUAAUCUGUUUUAACACUACUAGCUGAAAGGUAGGUGGUUUGAACCCAUCCAGAGGCGCCUUGGAAGACAGGUCUAGUGAUCUGCUCCUGAAAACCCUAUGGAGUAGUUCUACUCUGCACUCAUGGGGUUGCCAUGAGGUAGAAUCAACUGGACAGCAAGUAAAAACAACAACAACAUUGUCAGCCAAAUAGCAUGGCAGAAAGAUUUGUGGUAUCUAGGGUAGGAAUCAAGAACAUUAGAACAUCUGGCUUUCAUUCCUGUGGAAGACAAAUCAGCUGCACCAGUGUCAAGAGUCCACAGCCUUUGAAUCCAUGUUCACUGAGCAGAAAUUGUCCAUCAGCAGGUUAAUUGUGUUUCCAUGUGUUUAAUAUCUGUGUGUGUGUGUAUUUGUUGUUAUUGGUGGUGGUGGUGGUGGUGCUUUUGGGGGUCUCCUUGUAUGUAUUACUGUCUGAGAGAAUGGCAUUUAAGGCAAUAUUGUCUUCUUGCAUAAUUUAGAUAUUCUGGUUUCCACAUAUCCUUGUAUCUAGUGUCUUGUGCUUUUGACACUUAAAUGCAAAAUUGUGGCCAGUUUAGAGAAAACUUCUACUUCCAAGUUCUUCCAGGUGUAUUCUCUCUAGGACAAUGGAAUGAAGUCGACUCUUCACUGUGACCAUGAGGAAUGAGGGUGAAAGUUCAAUGAACUAAAUGAAAACAGACUCUAUCACUGUUAUUCUAUUUGCAAGUUUUCAUGAAAUUAAAAGAAAUACCAACGGUACUUUGGAAGGAAUUAAGCAGCUAUUGUAAAGAAAAAGCCCUUCCACAGAAGUGGACACCCACAGUGAGACAACUACAUUGUCUGAGGGCCUCCAUUGUAACCUACUGAUUCAUGGCCCUGUGGAAUUCAAAAGAGGCUGGAGAAGGCAGAAGCGACACCUCUUCCUCUUCAGCGAUUUGUUGCUUGUGUCUAAUUCCAAGUAUAGAAAAACCUUCAAAAUUAAAGAUAAAAUACCACUGAACACCAUGUGGAUGACAGACUGUGAUGACACCAGUGCCAAGAGGUCCCUUGUUUUGGGCUGGCCCACCAUGAACUUCACAGCCACCUUUAGUUCUUCAGAACAAAAGGAACAAUGGCACUCUUCCCUUCGAAGGUACAUCAAUCUAGCCAAAGAGAAAGACCACCUGAAGAGCAUUCCCCUGAAAAUCUUCACUGACGACAUCAAGAACUGUGCCUGUUGUGUAAGUGACCUUAAGCCCUUAAAUUAAAUUCCUUGUCUCUGACUUAGGCAGGAGAGAGAGAGAGAGAAGGCAUGGAGACAGUACCAUGUGGAAAAGCAUAUGUCUUUGUAAAAGGCAAACAAGUGCUAGGCAAUAUGAAGCCAGAAGAAUCCAUGUUACUUCCACUGUUUAGCUUUGAAAGAAUUUUGCAUGUUAAACGUCCUUCAUGUUUCUCUGGAUUUGUCUAAUAGCAACCAGAGUGACUUGUGGUAACAAAGUG